AUGGGUUCGAAAAGGUUACUUGAUGCCUCUGGCAGCUGUUCUCCGAAUGAGCUAGUCAAACGCUCCAAGAAGUUCAAUCACUCGACAGAAUCAUCAGCACAUGAAUUGAUUAAAAAGGAUGAACUAGCGAAAUUCAAAAACCCAGAUUCCCGCCUCUCGCAUUUGAGGGAUCUUGUGCGCGAGAUCAUAGCCGAUCCGGAGUUCGACAACAUUGAAUCCAACAUCGCAACAGCAGUUUCCACGCUCAAUACUGCAUUUCAACAUAAGGAGUCAUCCCAGGCCUGUCCUAAAAUGGAAGAUCGCAGCCACGUCUCUGUGCCGGGAAGUAACAAAGAAGGGCCUCCUGCCUUGCCGCCAAUUUCCGAUGAUCGAUUGGAAAGGGCCGUCUUUACGCACCCAGCUUACGGCAACGGCCAAAAUGCCACUUAUGAUCGACUGGAAAUACUGGGAGAUGCUUACAUCGAGCUGAUUGCGACGAAAAUGGUCUGGAGGCAGUUUCCAGAUAUCCCCUCGGGUCGCAUAUCCCAGAUUCGGGAGCUAUUGGUCAAGAACGAAACCCUAGCUAAUUUCGCUGAUAUGUAUGGCUUCUCUCGCAGAGCAAAUGUGCCAUCUGACUACACCAGCCAGCCGAAACGAUGGACCAAAACAAAGGGUGACAUUUUCGAGGCCUAUGUAGCGGCGGUCAUCCUUUCUGACCAUGUGGAUGGCUACACGGUUGCAGAUAAAUGGCUUGCUAGCCUGUGGCUCCCAAAGCUCAAUGAGUUGGGGCAUCAGAAGUCGGUAUUGCGCUCAAAGGAGCAGCUGGCUAAGGAAAUUAUGGCGAAAGGCAUCAAGUUGGACUACAUUGAGGAGCAACCGUCUUUGCAUCAAAAGGGUACUGGCACUCAGACUUUCUUCAUAGGUGUUUAUCUUACUGGAUGGGGCUGGAACAGGAAGCAUCUCGGCUCCGGUCAGGGCCCAAGCAAGAGUGCAGCUGGUGAUGAGGCUGCCAAGGAUGCUCUUCAGAACACGCAUCUGAUUUCACAAAUCAGCUCAGCCAAGAAACGAUCACUCGGAAGAGCAUGA